AUGGCAUUGUACAAACAGUUAGUUGCUCAAGCAAAGGCAUGUAUCAAUCCAGGCUUCCGCUUUUACCAACAGAAAUUCCAUGUGCAAUUCCAUAAUAUUGUCCGUGCAUUUAAGGCUGCACGCUUAUGCUGCCCAAUACAGGUGCAAGCACUACAUUCAACUGCUGCAUCAGUCCAGGAACUAAAGCAAUUUAGUUUCAUUACUGCAGAAGUUGUACAGCUUGUGGAAGAGCUGCCAAACUAUCUGGAUCUAGCCACUGCUGAUGGUGCAGCCAUUGAAACAGAGGAAGGCAAAGUACAGUGGGGGCUACACAUGCCGCUGCUCUCCCAAAUUGAUCUACUGCAGUCAAAAAGAUCUUGUUGGUGCAGCCUAGUUCAGCAUCAGCUGAACGAGUGUUUAGCCUGCUGCAAAAUGCAUUUAGCAAGCAGCAAGAGGCAGCAUUAG